ACCGUCCAGUCUCCUCCCCUGCUCACCAGCGUCCAGCCGCCAUGCCGGGCGAAUCCCCUGACGAGGUCGUUGUCAAGAGGGAGCCAAUCGAUGCCGACUCCGACGAGGUGACUGUGAAGGUCGAGGCCGCCGUCGAGGUCCAGAUCAAGAGGGAGCGAAUCGAUGCCGGCCACGACGAGGUGAAGGUUGAGGCCGCUGGCGAGCUCAAGGUCAAAAGCGAGCCAAUCGAUGGCGACACCGACGAUGCGAAGCUUGAAGCUCCCGGCGAGGUCAGGGCCAAGGCCAAGAGGGAGCCAACCUACGCCAGAGGCGAGCAUUGCCGGGUCAAGAAGGAGGAGCAAGCCGACGAGAUCGAGGUUCAAGUCAAGGAAUCUGAGCCGCCGCACCGUGUGAAGGAAGAGGCGUCGGCGUCAGCUUCGGAGAAGGAGGAGGAGGAAGACGACUCUAGCGAAGACGAGGUGGAGAUCAUCGACCCGCCGCCGAGGUCCAAGAAGAGGCACCGGGAAGACGACGCCGGCGGCGUGGACUUCAUCGACCUCACGACGUCCCGCCCGGCGCCGUACCUGAACCCGAAGCCCAUCCGGGCGAUGCCGCCGCCGGGGGCGGGGGCGACGCCGGCGAGCGAGUGGAAGAUGGUCCUGGCGCCGGAGCCGGCCGAGCUGGACGAGUACCCGCCGGACCACCGCGAGUGGGUCUUCUACAGGAAGUCGUACGCCACGGGGCUGUCGACCUGCCGCGGGAGGAAGUGGCUGGACGCCGGCGAGGUCGUCCACUUCGCCUUCCCUUCCUACGAGCUGUCCCACGGCGGGAUCAGGGUGUCGCACAGGCAGGCGGCGGCGCUGGCGGAGACCGUCCGCAUCUCGACGAACCGAUCCGGGGAGAUCGGGAAGUUGUCCCCUGAGUGGGCGAGGUGCCUCGCCCCGCUGGUGGAUUCUUCCAAGGUGAUGAUCCAGGGGAAGAUGGUGUUUCCGAUGAUGGAGCUCAGGCUGAUGCAGGAGGUCUUGCUGUACGUCAGCUUCUACAUCCACCGCUCGUCCUUGUACCUGAUCUCUCCUAAGAAUGCCCAUCAUCAGAACAACCCUCUCCGUGGCCUAUUCAAGCUGCUUGGGCAAUUCAGCGCGGCGGAGGCCUGAAAAAGCUUCUGAGGAGACCUGGUUUUGCCGUUUGGGUCAAGAUGGAAGUGUGAGGAGCUCCUUAGGAAUAGAUUAGUGUAGCAUUCGCUUAUUUGUGUAGGGUAAGUUUGUUCUUGGAAUUGGUCGUAAGCAGCUCAUCAGCUGUUAUCCGGUAAGGUCAAAAAAUGAAAUGGCAAACGUUCCCUGUCUAUCCUACCUGA